UUCCUUUUUCCGAAUUGUGAGCCACGCGAACGUGUUAGCAUAUUUUUAAUCCUUUAAUUUGUGCGUGAAAAUGAGUGAUGUAUCUUUUGAAGACGCUGUUAAUGACUCUCAAGCUUGUGAUCAGAUGGAUUUUGAGACACGUGAAGAGUCCAGCAAUGCCCAAAACGAUGAGCCAGUGUGUGGCGAUGGGACAGCCGGUGAUGCUAUCGAGGAGCACGCUACGAAGAUGUCGUUGCUGCAAAUGAUCCUCCCCAGAAAACGAUUAAGUGUUUCAAAUAGCCGUAUUGGCCAAAAUUGCCCUAUUGAGAGUCUGGCCAAAGGUUGGGGUGAAUUUUACUUGGACAGCCCCACAGCAGCCUUGGUUUCUCUGCUGCAGUUUGUGGUGGAGGCCAGUGGAAGUCAUUACCAGAUUCCGGAGGAUACUUCACUGCCAUUUAGCUACAGUGACAUCCUCUCCAACAGCUCAUCGCAUUUAUCCAAUACCUACAUAUAUCCUCUGACUAGAAAGCCCGCCGACGUCUUUGUGAACCAGGUGGGCAGCUUUUUGAAUGCUCUGCUGAUGGUCGCCAGUGAAUUUCCCUCUGACUCCUACCGAUUGUUUCUGGACCAGCUCACGAAUUUUGUAAUGGCCUGCUCGGAGUCUAGUAUUCGUACUUUUCGCCACACCGGCACCAUGAUAGGUUUGAAAAUAAUGACCAUAUUAAGCGAUCUGAAAUCCUUAAACGAUGAAAUGACGAUGACCGUGUGGAUGCGGAUGUUCAACAGCAUGUUUGCAGUUCGUAGCCGGGACGUAGUGAACGACAUACGGCUCCUCUGUAUCUCCGAACUUGGCCAGUGGUUCGCCAAUUAUCCGCAUUGCUAUCUUCAGCCAACUAGCCUCCGUAUUUUCUACGAAGCUUUGAAUGAUGGCUGUGGUGACGUGAUUCAGUGCAGCUUGGAUAAUAUUUCAGUUCUGUGCCGCAACGAUGGCCUUCUUUCGCAGAGUUUGGCAUUAACCACUGAAUUCCGGGAGAUCUUAGUUGAAUGUUGCGUGGGCAAGGAGGAUGCAAUAGCUGAGAAAUCCGUGCAGUUCCUUACCCAUUUCUACGUACUUUCCGCAGAAAUUCUAAGUGACUACGAUUGCCGGGUGCUGGAGCAGCUAAUAAUGGCCGCAAAUCGGGGUUUGGCUCAAGCAGCGGCAGAUCUGUUUAUACUGCGCAGAAACGGGUUGGAAGGCGAAUCAUUUUGCCAAAGAAUACAGCAUCUUCUGCAGUUAUUCGUUGAUAGUGGGCACGAACAGGCUGACUAUUUGGUGGACUCCUUAAUCGACAACUGUGAAUUGGUUCUGGACUGGAAGCCCAUGAUAGCGGUGCUGCUGGAGAAUCCUAAAUCCCACGAACUUAGCGAUAUUUAUUGCUCCUCAUUGAUUGCAAUCCUCUUAGCAGGAGUGAAGCAGGCCACCACUGGCGAGAUACCGCCCGGAAGAUAUACCAAGGAUCUGAGAAGGGAGCCGAGGCCCUCUCUUGGGCGCCAGGCCACCAAUUGGCUGGCACCCGUUCUGUCCGAACUUCUUCGAACGUACGCCAACAGUUUGGAAGAUACAGAAAGACUUCUGGAACUGCCGAAAUACUUCUGCUUCGACUACUACCACGAGGGGAAUAGAAUGGGGCAGCUUAAUGAACUGGUUGAGCAUUUCGAGCUCAUAAUAUUCGGCCAGACAAGCACCUCUGUGCUGGAAAGCACAGUGCAAACUCUGGCGUUGCUAAACCGCAUGAUCCCGAACUCGCUUACUAAGCAAUUGCUCAACGGCGCGGUGACCAACUACAAGAUGGCCUGGCAAAGGACGCAGGACACGAGCCCAUCAAAAAGGACCCAAAACGGGGCCAACAGACUGCUGGCCACUCUGAGAUUAGUUACAGUCCUAAGCGGGCAUUUCAAUCUCAGUGAAUGGGACUUGACGGAGCCGCUUCUCUUCAGCCUAAAGAAGUUCCUUAGGCAGCGCAUGUUGCCGAACGGAGAUGUCCUUCCGCCGGAGGCAUUCUCGCUCUAUCUGAAGGCAUGUUUCUGCUGCCUAUGCUGGGACAUGGAAAACUUGGAGGGAACGGCCCUUAACAACGUGGACAUGGAUGAGUAUUGCGCUGUUCUGCACCAGAACCUGGAAGACUACCUAUAUGUGACCUUUUCUUUGGUUGGCAAGAGCAGCACCGAGCCCCUGGCAUAUCAUGGCUUUUCAUAUAUUUGCGAUCUGUUUGUGUUGCAUGGAAACCUCUGUGGAAGUUCGAAUCCCUCGAUACGUUCAGUGGCGCACGCACCGUCUGGUAAUGAGGUGGACAUUCUGGAGGACUUCCUCAUGGAACACUUCCUUGAGCUAAGUCCUUCGGAUCUUAUGCAAGAAACUAACGCGGAACAGCUGCAGAGGAUUCGUUCCAUCCUCACCAGCUACCUGAAAGUGGUGUGCCUAGGUGUUGUGCCCACAAUGAGAGCCUCAAAGUUCUAUGAGUAUUACGUAAAGUACCACGCUCCCUUCGGCGACGUCUUGAGAUGCUCCAUGGAACUCGCACUGCAACGAAAUCCCAUUCACUUCGCAAUGACCAUGUUGCACACAUGCCUGCUGCUUUAUGCUAAGGCAUUCCCGGAUGAUACUCGCCAAGCAGCUGAACAAAGAGCUUUGAAGCCAGCAGAGUUCUCCGAGCUAAUGGCGGUGGCCAAUCGUUUGGCAAAAAUACUGAUUUCCCAUCCCGUGGAGCAUCGCGAGUGCGUGAUCGUUUUUCACAGAUCUGGCAUUAUGUUCGUCUUUGAAUCGGCUCAGAAACAACCUACGGAGGCCACUAAAAAGUUGCCUUUCCUGCGUGUCCUCAAGGUGUUUGUUCCGCUCCUUCUGGUCCAGGACAAAAGUAGCAUUCUACAUUUUUUCGAGCGCUAUGAGCAGCUAGUAUUACCUGCGUGCAACAGAAAUGAUAUAGCACAUUUGAAGAAAUAUCGAAACGCCUUGAGUCCUCGAAAAAUAAAAACUUAUUCUCAGGCAACUUGAAGGAAAGAAC